AUGGUGUUACCACGUUGUCACGUCAUGUUGAUUCUUGAAACGGCAAACUCCAGUAAAUCUCCCGGGACUCCAGACGAUGUCUUCAAACCACCAUUCAGCGAUACGGCCUCCGGGAGCGAGUCGCCUGAAAGCUUGGACAGUGAUAGCGCGUCGGAUAUCUCGUCAUUCCACAGUUUGAUAUCCAUUUGUUCUGUGAAUGACAUAUAUAACUACCCUAAAGACCUCCUGAGUCAACAUCAAUUCAAAAUCUACAAAGACGAGAUCGUUGUGACCCAAUCGGUGCCCGAUAGCAAAUUGCACCCUGGAGACACCAUCGCCUUGAGAACUGGUGAGGGGACUACUGGUGAAGGGACUACUUUCAAGGACGCUGAACAAUUCAGAGAGUACAUCCAAACAACUGUAGCACCAACGAUAAUGUUGGCUGUUACACCAGGUGUCGGAAUCACGAUGAAAGAUGGAGACCAAAAACUGACCAUCGAUAUUACAGGACAAAAGACACAGAGACCUGACGCAGUGGAAGCUGCCUUGAAAGCCUGCAAUCAGUCGAGGCUUGCUAUCGCGGAGAUCAACGGCGCACCAAUACCAGUAGGAACCCAUGAACACCAGGUUGCGCAGAUAUUGAGAGAGGCCCUUAGAGGAGAUUCAUCUGAAGGUCACCUCCUUCACCUCAUUCCGAGGUCGCUGAUGUCCGAUGUCCAAGAGACUAGGCAUGUUAAUGUCGAAGGUAAUUCUAGUGUCUCUGGUAACACAACUACCACUGGUAACGAGGAAACGGAGUGCUGACAUUAUAACUAUCAUCAGCUGCAUCACAAGGCAAAGACAAUACUUUGAUAUUUUUUAUUAAUUAAACUAUUAUCCAAAAUAUGGGACGUUUACAAUCCCCUCCACAAGUGAAUAAAAAGAAUAACCACAUAACACAUUCCUGGGUUAAUAAUUAACUAAUGAUGAGCCAACUAUAGAUUUCCAUUGUGGUGGCAAGAAGAUUAUGACAAUUAGAAAUGAUUUCUAUGGCACGUCAACAACAAAAAUCUACCUGUUUGAUAGCUUCUGUGUCUUCUUAAUGCAGGACACCUUUCUCGGACGUGUACUAGGAGAUUUAAUUUAGUUGCCAAUAGACACUGAAAGUGGUCUGCAGGGAAAUAAAUGCAAAACGUUUCAUAAAACUCAUUUAUGAUAACUGAUAUCAUCCUGAUGAACUUGUAUUGUAAGAGUGUGAUGACUUCUUUCUCAGGAGGAAUAAAUAAUUAUCUCUGAAAUCAUGCAUUUGGUUAGAAUUUUGAAGAUGCAUGUGAUGCAUCGAAAUAAAAGUAUAUAUGGCUAAAAAAUGAAAGCCCAUAUUACUCUUUACGUAUAACAUGACUAUAGAGUAGAAAUUUACAAUGCCUUUAUAUUUGAAAAAGCCACUAUGUAUCUUUUAUCAAAAAUGACCCUUGAUUGACCUCUAGACUGAAGGGGAAUUCCCAUCAGGUAUUGAUUGUACAUAAUGACGUCAUGACGGGAGGUGUUUAUUCUUGUAAAACACAUUUUCUUCCACUCUCAGUUUUGUAAAUACAGUCAAACCUAUCCAUAGCGACCGCCCAAGGGAAGCACUAAAAGUGGUCUAUGCAGAAAGUUCCUUCAGUACAUGUUUCAAUGAGAAACCAUUCUCAAGGGAAACAAAAAAUGUAGACAGGUGGUCACUAAACCAGGUUUGACUGUAUGAGUAAAUUAUAUCGUUAGGAAUUUGACUUUAAAAUCAUUCACCAUAGUUUUCACUUUGUUUCAUUAUUCCACUGGUUAUGAAGGAAUAAUAUCUAUGACCCAUGAUGUCAUUGUGGUGUAAUUGUAUUCUUACAUUUAAGUGCCCGUCCUUAUUCAAAUCAUUGUGUUACUCUCUAUGCAACUGAUUAAAAAUGUGCGUUUUAAAUCAUUAUUCGAAUUCUAGUUGUUUCAGCGGGUCUGACAUUUAUGUAUAUUUUAUUACUUCUAGGAAUUCUGUUCGCUUUUGUUAUUUUUCAUUUUUUAUUUAUUUAUUUAUUUUUUCCUUCUAUAUUUCGUCUAUAUAUUUUCCGGUUUAAUGAUACAUUAUUCCCACCUGUUGACAGUUACACAAUGAGGAAACGAAUAUCCAUUUAAAAAAUAUAUAUUUGUCUGCAGUCCUCAGGCUUCUGGAUGAAGUCAAAAUAAUAAAGAAACAAACAUAAAGAUACAUAUGUUUCUUGUUGUUGUUGUUGUUGUUUUGGUUUAUAGGCGUUUAUCAUUCAGAAGUAUAUUCAGAAGUAUAUAAUAGUUACCAGUCUCAUUUUGUACAGAAAUAACAAUUUAUUUCACUGCCACUCAAUAACAAAUUUUCUAUACAUACCAGGCAAUUUAUGAUAUAUCAUAAUGAUACGUGUACUACAUCAAUAGAUCUGGCGGUAAUUUUUAAAGGUAGAAUAGAGGCAAUUUUUCUGAGAUAUUUCACGCUUUUUGUAUUAGUUUACCAUUAUAUAGUUAGUCAUUUCUUUUAGCAUGAAAUGGUGAAGAAAAAAGAAAAAAAGAAAUCAUCAACGGCAUCAUUGUUCAGGUUCAUGGUCUAACUCUUACCUCUUUAGAUCAGCAACAUGUAACUGGAAAUUGAUUAAUGAUUACGAGUAUUAUUGUUCUUGGUAUAUUGGUAUACUUCAUAUUGUGAAUUUGUUAUAUUAAAUAUUUGGAUAUUGUUAUAGUCAUGUAAAA